AUGAAAGUCGUGAUAUUCCUAGCAAUAACUGCUUUGCUCUGUAAGUUUUCAGCUAUUGAUUUCAUGUUGUGACUCAUAAAGGAAGUGUUAUUUAUGUUUUAAUUCAUCCUUUAUAUUUAGGAAUUUUUAGAAUAAAAAUUGAAAUUUUAAACAACAACAACAUUGUGUGUUUACGUUUUGUCUAAUUUUACAAUUCAAGCGCCAUAAAAGUUGAAAACAAAACCAACAAACGGUUGUCGAAACUCUUAUUUCUCUUUACUGCCUACUUUAAUAUAUUGUUUCUAUCGAUUUACGGUUAACUAUGGCUUCAGGCGAAAGUAACGACAUCUUUGAGUAUGAGAAAGAUCUGCUCAAAAGAACGGCCGACAAGUAUAACGUGGACAAUGUAGCUAUCUCUGGGUUUUCCAUUUUAAAAGCUCUUACUUUGGCCUAUCAGGGAGCUGAAGGUGGUACUAAACAAGAGUUUUUGGAGCUACUGGGCGAUGGUAUGUUCUUAAGUUUUUGUAUUGUUUAAAUUGUUUUGUAUUGCUUCUGAUAUGAAAAUUUUGAAAAUGUGGCUUUACUACUUUUUAAGUUACAACCAUUUUUGUAAGAUACAGUUCAUACCUACUUCAAUAUGAAAUGUUUAGAAAAUUCUAUGAUAAUGAUAGUUUCACUGUAUUAAAACCAUGGUUUUUAACAAAUAAGUAACAAUAAUAAUCGCCAGAAACAUUUUAGAUGCCUUUGAAUCCAUUUCAAAUACAGAAUCCGCCUUCAGAAGCUCCCAAGGGAUGACUUUGGAAAUGUCAGAUCGAGCUUUUCUUUCAAAUAAUAUCAAUGUCAAGGAAGAGUACGAGUCUAAGCUUGAUGACAAAAUCGAAAAAGUAGACUUUUCCGAGUCUUCAGAAGCUGCUGAUCGAAUAAACGAUUUUGUGAAGAAUUCGACCGACGGCCACAUUAAAACGAUUUUCGAUGCAAAUGAUCUGAAUGGCGAUACUGCGUAAGCAUUUUAUUGGAUUUUAAUUUUUAUAAUGUUAUGGUAGCCAAUUUAAUACUGGUUUCUUAAAUUGACGUUUUAAAAUAAAAUAAGAGCUUGACGGGGAAUGUAAAACAAGGUUUUUAAUUAAAAAAGUAUUCUUAAAGGUUUUCAACCAAAAAUAAGGAAAUAAAUUAUAUUAUAUUUGGUAUUUUAACGUAUUUUUUAUAAAAGAAACAUUUUUUGGCUUUUUUGUCAAAAAUACUUAUAAAAUCUCAACAAACAAUAUAUCUUCCCAAUCAAAACUAUAAGGAAGCGAAAAGAAAGAGUUUCGAAUGUGUACGCCCAUAGCCCGUUGAACGCACGCCAUCCCGUCCGAUCUGGCAAGUUAAGCAACGGUGCGCUUGAUUAGUACUUGGAUCGGAGACGUCCUUGGAAUCUCAAGUGGCGUACGCAUUUUGGCCCUUUUUAAUUAUUUUUUAAAGGAUUUUUUGAUAUUUACAUUAUUCUAGGUGUAAUUUCUUUAUUCUACUUGAAAUUUUUUGCAUUAUAAGAGUCACUUUAUGUUUAAAAACGUGCAAAAAGUUUUUAAAAAAUUUUUUUUAAAUUUUUUGGCUUUAUUAUUGCAAUAUAGCUAUUGUUUCUUGUUGCUUUUUUAUUACAAUUCUAAUAAAUAUCAUUUCAGCUUUGUUCUAGUAAACGCCCUCUACUUCAAUGCUGAAUUUGUCCACAAAUUUAGCAAAAAGAGUACCACCAAUGCCUUGUUCUAUCCCAAAGCUGGCGUUGACAAAGAGGUGCCAAUGUUGGUACAAAAGGCUGUUUUUCCGUUUUUGGCGACAAUGGAAGCCCAGAUUCUGCAUCUGCCCUACAAAGGCGAUGCCAAGUUAGUACUAGUGGUACCGGUGGCCAAGUUCGGACUUGACAAGUUGAUUCAGAAUCUGACUACAGAACGGCUACAGGAGUUCAUCUUUGGAGGCGAUGCUAUGGAUUCACAGGAGCUUACUGUAAGUUUAUUGUUUUGAUUUGUUUUACCUGAAAGUUUUGUUGUUUGGAAGCGUUUAGUCUUGUUUUAAGUGUUUUUAGACGUUUUAUUAUAGCUUUUAUCAUCUGUAAUAAAAGUAAUAAUAACAGGUACAAUAUUUUAGGUAAAACUCCCAAAAUUUACAGUAGAAUUCAGCGACGAUGUUAAGAAACAGCUUCAGGAGAUUGGUCUGAAGAAGGCCUUCUCUCCAGAAGCCGACUUCUCCGGACUGACAGAUGAAAAUGUGUCUAUAGAUCAAGUGAAACACAAGGUCUUCUUUAAGGUAGGGCGUAGUAAUAUAUUGUCGAAUUUUGAAGUUUUGUUUAUAAAAUGGCAUCAGAAAGUGUGCUUUGUGUCAUUUUGAAUAGUUAAUCAAUUUUUUUUGUUUUUUAAAAAAUAUUUUGAAUUACGAAAAGUCUGGAAAUUUUUGGACCGUAUUAGUAUUUUUAAGUUGUAUGUAAAAUACGCAUUGUCGUUCGGUCCUUUUUUUGAUUAGGUUGUUCAACUAAUUCUGCGCCCCUUAUCAAAACAAAUUUUUGGGGUUACGGGCACAGAAUUAUUUGGAUAACCUAAUACAUUACUCAAAAUAGUUUGAAAUUAAUUUUCAUUAUCAGAACUUAUGUAACUUUCUAUAAAUUUUCAGACCGACGAACAAGGCACAGAAGCCGCGGCUGCUACAGCAGCCCACGCUACACGAUCCUUUAGUCCAACUAUUGUCGCUGACCAUCCAUUCAUUUUCUUUGUCGUGGUGAAAGAGUCCAUCCUCUUCAGUGGCUUUGUCAGGGACAUCAAGAGCUAG